AUGAAUUACGCUUAUUGCGGACACUGUAAUUUUCAACGACCAUUUGACUGGUCUCCUUGUUGGCAAUGCCAUGGGGCAGCGAAGCUGCUUCCUGAGCCUGAUCCACUGCUACCCAGCCCGGGCGCAGCAAGCACUACACCGCUACCCAGACAGGAGGUAGCGGCCCGUAGUGCUCUGCUACCCGGUACGCUGGAUGCAGCUUGUAGCCAACAAGCAAAGCAAUCGCUUGGAGGCUACCGCCAGUAUCAGGAACAAGCACCUGAUACUGGUUCCGAAUCCCGUGCACCCGCUGAAGGGUCCGGGCAGAUAAACGGCGGGGAAAUGCGCGGUCCAGGAUGUACUCAACAGCAAGUCUUGAGUACGGUCCUAAGAUCCGACAGAAACCCGCGAAGCCGUGACAUGGAGUCAGAAACGGAUGAUUUGUAUGGCGCAUCUGACGAUGGCCAUUCAUCCCAUCAUGCACCAGAAGCGGAGCGAGUGACCUCAGUGCGGUCUGAUGAACGUUCCGAAUCGACGUUCACAUUGGAUUCGCGAUCUGAAGCAAUGGUUCAGACGAUCGUUGCUCGCGCUCUUGAAGAAAGAGAGAGAAUCUUGGAGGGGUCCCGUCGCGAUGUAGAACGACGAGACCACAGCCGGCCGUCGUCUGCACCGACCAGAAGUCCUGUGUCGUCGAGUUACCCGGCUCUACCAGGCCCUACGCCUGCAAUUGCAACGCCUAGCUAUCGACAGCUGGCGCCAGUUCCAGGUCCGAGCAAGAAAACCGGGAGCCAAGCAAGUCAGAAAGGGCACCAAACUGCAGAGUGA